AUGAGAAUUAGGUCAUGGGAAAAUAUGUCAAGUGUGAUGGUACUAUUGCUAUUGGUGCAUUUUUUGCAAGGAAUUUAUGGGAUUAGAUUUGUGAUAGACAAAGAAGAAUGUUUGUCUCACAAUGUUCAUCUUCAAGGUGAUACUAUUCAUGUAUCCUUUGUUGUCAUUCAAGCUGACACUCCUUGUCAUUCUGCUAAUGAGGGUGGUGUUGAUCUUAUGAUAAAGGGGCCGUCAGGUGAGCUAAUUCAUGGCUUCCGCGACAAAACUAGUGAGAAAUACGAGUUUGUCGCUUACAAGAAGGGCAUUUACCAGUUCUGCUUCACAAAUAAGUCUCCUUAUCAUGAAACCUUAGAUUUCGAUGUGCAAGUUGUACAUUACGCGUACUAUGAUCAGCACGCAAAGGAUGAGCACAUUGAUCCAUUGUUGGACCAGAUAUCAAAGUUAGAAGCAGCUCUUUACAACAUACAGUUUGAACAGCAUUGGCUCGAAGCACAGACUGCCCGCCAGGCAUUACUGAAUGAAGGUAUGAGCCAAAGAGCAAUCACCAAGGCACUUCUUGAAUCAGUUACCCUUGUUGGUGUCUGCUUCCUUCAGGUCUUCCUCCUACAACGCCUUUUCGAAAAGAAGCUUCAGACAGUUAGCGUUUAGACUGCCCUGCUGGAGCUAGCUAACCUUCAGACACAACGGAAGUUCACACCUUAUCUUUUCAGCAGAAAAACAAAUCA